AUGAAGGCCCGCCGCUGGGGCCGCAUCGUCUACGUCUCCUCCAUCUCGGCCAUUGGUGGCGGCAUCAACGGCUGCCACUACGCCGCCAGCAAGGCCGGCCUCACGGGCCUCAUGAAGAACCUCGCCGCCAAGCACGCCAAGGACGGCAUCACUGUCAACGACGUCGCUCCCGCCAUGAUCGGCGACACGGGCAUGAUCCCUGACGAGAAGAGGGUCGAGGGCACCCCCGGCGAUGUCAAGAACAUUCCCGUCGGCCGCCUGGGCACGCCUCAGGAGUGUGCCCAUGUCGUCACCAUGCUGUGCCGAACAGGCUACAUGACGGGCCAGAGCAUCUUGUUGAGUGGAGGCCUCAAAUAA